AUGGAGAACCUGGGUUCUGAAAUCCCAAAUACUCUUUACGGACCACUACCGUCUCGCGCACACAAUUCUCCCUCGCUUCCCCGCACGCUCUGCCAAUCUCUUGUGGAUACUGUACAUCCGCGUCUUCAGGACGAUGACCCUCGGCGCCAUAUCAUGUCGUACCUGUCCCCUAUAACAGCACGCGUCGCCGCUCCGAGUCUGCAUUAUCGGGAUCCGACGGGAAACGCACCGAAUACGCGAAAUGUCUCAGCGGCGGAAAGAGUACAGAGUACAGCAGGCACCGACGGCUGA